GAUAAGGAAUCCAUCUAUCGCUUUCCCGCUCUCUUCGCUUCUUGCCCCUUGACGUUCCGGCCGCGCGCCCCGCGCCUCGUCGCUAUGCCUCGCAAAAUUGAGGAAAUCAAGAACUUCUUGCUCACGGCCCGGCGCAAGGAUGCCAAGUCCGUCAAGAUCAAGAAAAACAAGGAUAAUGUGAAGUUUAAAGUUCGGUGCAGCAGAUACCUUUACACCUUGGUCAUCACAGACAAAGAGAAGGCAGAGAAGCUGAAGCAGUCCCUGCCCCCAGGUUUGGCCGUGAAGGAACUGAAAUGAACCACGCACGCUGCUUUGAACUGAAUGAACCAC